AUGCCAUUUGUACUCCAGGAGAGAGAGUUGCUGUUUAUUUUGGUUGGCACUCUGGCAACUCUGGCACUCGUGGUCCUCAUUCAGGCUUUUACCCAUGUAGUCUGUCGGGUUGGUGCGAAGCUGAGCUGCAUCCAAUGGCAUUACAUGGGCUUUCUGUGCCUUACUAUUUUCUUGAUUGUCUCCCUGCAUACGGGGCUGACCCUCUAUAUUCUUACCGUGGCGGUGGGAGUUGCUGUGGUUAAUGGCGCCUCGUCAUGGAGGAGAGGAUUUGCGGCAUUUUUGUUGUGUUUUGCCUUCAUGGGCAUGUGCGUGCCGCAAUUCAGUGGACACGUGCACCUGGAGAUCCCAUCGGACUCCGCGACUUGGGUUUCACGGUACUACGGACAGGUGGCGGUGUGGCCUUCCCACGGAAACGCCGGACCUCAUCAUCUCUUUGUUGUAUAUGAUGGAGUGAGCAUAACGCAGGUGCCAUGCAAAAAGCAAAAUACGGAACUGACGGUUUAUGAGGUUAAAAAUGGUUUAAAAAGUCUGAAAAAGUCUUUUGUCUCUCUUGGAGACCAUACACGCAUCUACGCCUUGGAAGGCUGCGUGGAGAAUGUUUCAGUUGUUAGGCGGACGAUGCAUUAUAUCACUUUGCUUGGGUCGGAUGGACGGAUGGAGGGCAUCACAAUACGAUGCAAAAUACCCACGCAUGUCGGAAGCAAUGUGGAUGACUUUAGUGUUCGUUGCCUAAACUUGGCGUCGGAUGUUCUUCUUGUGAAUGUAGAUCUUGAGCUGUAUGACGGCAACGGUCGUCUUAUGUCCUCAGGACGUAUUCAUCGUGCCGAUGGUUGUAUGGAUUUCCUUGGGCAGUUGCGUCAGAUAAAUUGGUUUUUUUCCAGUGAUACUGAAUCCCUCUUAAUGUGCUUUCCAAAACUGGGCGGACACGACAUGUUGCGACUACUGGGAGACCGUAGUGUUGCUCCGCCCUUUUUGAAAGGACAGGUGCCGUAUUCUCUUAGAUGGCUCUGGCAAAUGCCUAAGGUUCUUCAGAGCAUGCAUGGACACUUGGCCUAUGUUGUGGAGUAUGUCUUGAUUCCCAGCAGUGUAGUAUUGGGUGCUAAGCUUUCAGACCUAUUUGUCGCUGCCCGAAGUGCAUUUUUUUGCGCCGUAAAGAAAGCAACUCCGUAUUUUAUGGCCAGGCUAAAGGAUUUGGAAGUCCUGACGACCGGAGUUUACUGUUCCGCAAGAAAUUCCUCUCAUGUAUCUUUCUGCGAAGUGUCCAACCAGAAAUAUGCCGAAGAUGGACGGUAUUUGUUGGGUGCUCGAAUUGGGGGCGGUUCCUACAAAUUUUUUCUUUGGGCAUUAGAUGCGUUGGAUUUUGUGCCUGGUCUGUGGGAGGCGUACAAUUGGGCCCUGCAGAUGGAGUGGCGGCUCACGGUGCACUGCGUAAAGGGUCUGGGGACGGGUGCUAUUUUACUAUAUAGGGAGGCUGCCCAACCUGUUUGGCGCAUCAUGAAUUAUGCGGCGCGUUCCUUCGCCACCCUUGUGGGUGACCUGGCUCCAUUGCUCUCGGAUUUGCUCCAUCUCUCGGAUUUCAAGAGUUUCCUUCGAAAAAGUGUGCUAUUUUUAUGGCAUUUGGAACUUCAUUUGCUCGCUGCGGAGUCAAAGUUGAUUUGGCAGCUGCUUUGUUACUUUGUUACGUGUAUGAAUAUGCCCUUGGGACUUGGGUUCAAUAUGGCCCGUGAUGCACUUGGCUGGGUGCGGUACGCGUUGGGGCUUUACACCACCACGACGCUCUCUGCUCAUGUCUUUGUUGCAGUGAUCCAGACAGCCUUCAUUUUGAUUGCCUUGCGUAAUGAACUACGCAACAUCGCCACACGUGAACGUGAGAAAUAUCCUUCCUUUGUGCGGCGGUAUACCGGUGGGGGUUUUGUGAUUAUGUUGCUGGCCUUUACAAGAGUGCAUUCGAUGCUCACAAUUCGAUACGUUGGGGCACACUUCAUGGUGCUGCUCAUGCUCAUUGGACUCUCCACGCUUCCUUUCUUUGUCAAGCCGUACAAUCUGGCCCUGUGUGUGGGCUUUCCAUGCGUUUCCUCGCACACGUGUCUGGCGUUUUUUAGAAAAAAUCCGGAGCGGAAGCAUGUGAUUUCUCUAUCGGUAGUCAAGGGACUGUUUGUCAUUGUGAUUGAUCGUACAAUAGGCAAAUUUGUCGCGCAAAUCCUGCGGGAGAUGUUUUUUUUUUCCAUUGGUGCGUUACUCCUCCUUGGCUUUUUUUCAGCAUGGCAAAGGGGGAUUCACAUUCGCCUCGCAAAAUUGUGCCGGCGUUUACGGUCCGACGAUACGAGACGUGACGGUCGCCUCUGA